AUGGAUGCUAUCAACCAAUCUCCUGUGGAUGUCCUGCUUCCCAAGCACAUCCUGGAUAUCUGGGCCAUAGUUCUCAUCAUACUGGCUACCAUUGUCAUCAUGACCUCCUUGUUCCUGUACCCGGCCACUGCUGUCAUCAUCUACCGAAUGCGGACUCACCCAGUCCUCAAUGGGGCUGUCUGA